AUGGACGAUAACGAGUACGAGACUUACGAUGCCGAUGAGUACAAUGACGCCGAGUUUGAGGAGGAGCUGAAGAAGCAUGAGGCCCGGGUGGAGGCGGAGGCCAUUGCGGCCUACGGGGGGAUGGACGACGACGAGGAAGAACAUGAGGACGAUGAAGAGGAUGGCGAAAGAGAAGAAGAGCUGACCGUCAAAAAAGAGGAAACUGUCAUUUCCAUCUCUCCGGAGAUCAUCGCCAUCAAGCGGCAAAGGACAGACGAGGAUCAUGAGGUGGUGAAGGUGAGCAGCAGCAACAUCGAAGAGGAGGAACAGCCCAAACCACUGUCAGCAUUCCCAUCAUCAUCAACAACUCCCCCGCUCUCACCUUCACCAUCCGCAUCAUUAUCAUCGAUAGCUAUUAAAGCUGGCCCUAGCACUUCUCAGCAGUCCACCACCUUCACCCCUCUUUCAUCGACCAGUUUUUUGGCACCCAUCAGGCCUCCUCUACAGCCCUUUCCCUACGACGAACCGGUGAUUCACAACAUCGUCGCGACGGCCAACUACUGCGUCCAGCUGGACCUCAACCAGCUGGUGGUGAAGAUUCGCAACUCGGAGUACAAUCCGAAGCGCUUCCGCGCCGUCAUCAUGCGCAUCUACGAGCCGCGGACGACGAUGAUGCUCUUCAGCAGCGGCAAGGUGGUGGUGACGGGCGCCAAGAGCGAUCGGGAGGCCUGUACGGCGGCGCGAAAGUGCUGUCGCAUUCUUCAGCUGGUCGGCUAUCAGACCAAGUUCACCGAGUUCAAGAUACAGAACAUCGUCUCGACGGUGGACGUCAAGUUUCCCAUCCGCCUGGACAAGCUGUCGCACGUGCACACUCAGUUUUGCACCUACGAUCCGGACUUUUUCCCUGCGCUCAUCUACCGCAUGGUCCGCCCGCGCACGGUGCUGCUCGUCUUUGUCUCCGGCAAGAUUAUCCUCACUGGCGCCAAAAGUCGACAGGAGAUCCACGACACCAUGGAGAAGAUGGCCCCAGUGUUGGCUACCUUCCGCAAGUUGUGA